UCUCUCCCUCUCUCUCUCUCUAUAUAUAUAUAUAUAUAUAUAUAAACGGACCCAAACGAAACGAAACGAAACGAAAGAAGCCCUUCUCCUCUCUCGCCCCAACCAACUAACUAACAAACAACGUUUUCGCCUUCUCUCUCUCUAAUGUCUACCGCAUCCGUCAUCAUCAUCGGCGCCGGAAUCUCCGGAAUAUCGGCGGCCAAGGUUCUCGUCGAGAACGGAGUAGAAGACGUAUUGAUAUUGGAAGCUACGGAUCGGAUCGGUGGAAGAAUACAGAAACAGAGUUUCGGUGACGUGCCGGUGGAGCUCGGCGCCGGUUGGAUUGCCGGUGUCGGUGGUAAAGAGUCCAAUCCUGUUUGGGAGCUUGCCUCUCGUUUUAACCUCCGUACUUGCUUUUCCGAUUACACCAAUGCUCAUUUCAAUAUCUACGAUCGAAGUGGUAAAAUCUUCCCGACUGGAAUCGCUGCUGACUCGUAUAAAAAGGCGGUUGACUCGGCGAUUCUGAAGUUAAAGAGCCUUGAAGCUCAAUGUUCUUCUGGUCAAGUAGCUGAAGAAGCUCCUUCGUCACCGAAGACGCCAAUAGAACUAGCCAUUGACUUUAUCUUGCAUGAUUUUGAGAUGGCAGAGGUUGAGCCAAUAUCCACUUAUGUGGACUUCGGUGAAAGAGAGUUCUUGGUUGCUGAUGAAAGAGGUUACGAAUGUUUACUCUAUAAAAUGGCUGAGGAAUUUCUCUUUACCUCUCAUGGAAAUAUCUUGGACAAUCGCCUCAAACUAAACCAGGUGGUUAGGGAGGUGCAACAGUCUAGGAAUGGGGUAGUGGUGAAGACAGAGGAUGGUUCCGUAUACGAAGCCAAUUAUAUCAUCGUGUCUGCGAGUAUCGGUGUUCUCCAAUCCAGUCUUCUCUCCUUCCAACCCCCUUUACCAAGAUGGAAAACAGAAGCUAUACAAAAAUGUGAUGUGAUGGUGUACACGAAGAUCUUCCUAAAGUUCCCUCAAUGUUUCUGGCCAUGUGGUCCUGGUCAAGAGUUUUUCAUCUAUGCACACGAUCAACGCGGCUACUUCACCUUUUGGCAGCACAUGGAAAAUGCGUACCCGGGCUCUAAUAUUCUGGUGGUGACGUUGACCAACGAACAAUCAAAGCGCGUUGAAGCUCAAUCAGACCAAGAGACGAUGAAAGAGGCAAUGAGUGUUCUCAGGGACAUGUUUGGGUCCACCAUUCCUUACGCAACCGAUAUUCUUGUCCCCAGGUGGUGGAACAACCCGUUUCAACGCGGUAGCUACAGUAAUUACCCUAUGAUAUCUGAUAAUCAGCUUCUGCAAAAUAUCAAGGCCCCAGUUGGACGGAUAUUCUUCACAGGAGAACACACAAGUGAAAAGUUCAGUGGGUAUGUACAUGGAGGAUACCUUGCAGGUAUUGACACAAGUAAAUCUUUGUUGGAAGAGAUGAAGCAGAGUUUGUUGUUACAACCUUUACUCGCCUUCACCGAGUCUCUUACACUAACGCACCAGAAGCCUAAUAACUCUCAAAUCUACACAAAUGUCAAUUUUAUCUCAGGUACAAGCUAGAGAGUAGAAACCUAACCCCUUCUUUAUUUUAUUUAUUCGUUUGAGCUACUCUUGAGUAAACUCAUGGGAAGUAUUUAAGCAACAGAUGCUUUGAAAUAGCUAAAGCGUCUCCUUUUGCCUUAACUGGAUAAACCUCUGAUGAACUUUGUUGCCAUUUGUGUGACAUCAUUAUCCAUUCUCUUUGCCA